AUGACUAAUUUAGCUGUAACAGAUUGUAUGUUUGAACAACUAGUUUUAAAUUCAUGCCUCAUAAACGUUUUGUGUGUUGCUAAAUUAUGUUCAUAUUCUGCAGAUGAAAACUUUGCAAACAAUAGAAUGCCACGUUUCGAUUAUGAGAUUGAAGAUUUCCAACAUUAUACAUGGCACAUCACCGGUUGGCAAGAUCUGGAAAACAGGUUGACAAGUCCUGAAUUUGUUGCUGGAGGUUGGAGAUGGCGUAUUUUGCUUUUCCCCUUUGGAAAUAAUAAUAUUGAUGUGGUAUCAAUUUACCUGGAGAUUGUACCGCAUGGAGCACCUAAUGGUUGGCAUUGCUGUGCACAGUUUAUUUUGGCCAUAUGGAAUUCAGAAGAACCAACACUAUACGUUUCUCACAACGCAAAUCAACGUUUUAAUUCUGAAGAGCGAGAUUGGGGAUUUACACGAUUCUGCGAACAGCGCAAUUUGUUUGUUCCAAUGGAAAAUCAAACACGUUCUUUAAUCGAAAAUGAUUCAUGCAAUAUCACUGUCUUCAUUCGUAUUAUUAAGGAUGAAACUGGCUUUCUCUGGCAUAAUUUUAAAAAUUAUGACUCAAAAAAAGAAACUGGUUGUAUUGUCCUUAAGAACGAGGGAACAACUGGAUAUAUGAAUGCUACGCUACAAUUAUUAUUCAACAUGACCUGUUUUCGUAAGGCAGUAUACCAAAUCCCUACGGAUUGUGACAAAUCAGAUAAAAGUGUUCCGUUAGCUUUACAAAAUGUCUUUUAUCAAAUGCAAACAUCAAAUACUUCAGUUAGAGCAAUGGAAUUAAUGAAAUCUUUUGGAUGGGAUUCAUUAAACUCUUUUAUGCAGCACGAUGCCCAUGAGUUUAACAGAGUGUUGCAAAGCAAUUUAGAAAGUAGAAUGAUGGAUAAAAAUGCAAUUUCCGCACUCUUUGCCGGAAAAAUAAAGAGCUAUAUUAAAUGUAUCAACGUAGACUAUGAGUCAUCCUGUGUUGAAGAUUACUAUGACAUUCAACUUGACGUAAAAGGUUGCAGGAAUUUGGAUGAUUCCUUCAUGAAUUAUAUAAAAGAGGAAACUUUAGAAGGAGAUAAUAAGUAUGAUGCUGGAAGCUACGGACUACAAGAGGCAAAGAAAGGAAUAAUCUUUGAAAGUUUCCCAUCCGUAUUAUAUUUGCAAUUAAAACGGUUUGAAUACGAUUCACAAAGUGCUACUGUUAAUAAGAUAAAUUAUCGUUAUGAAUAUCCUAUGGAAAUUGAUUUAGAAAAAUAUUUAUCAUCAGAAGCAGAUAGAACAAAACAACACAAAUAUUUACUCUAUGGAGUGCUUGUUCAUAGUGGUUACUGUUAUGGAGGCCGUUAUUUUGCUAUAAUAAAACCAAAUAAGAACGGCAAAUGGCUAAAAUUUGAUGAUGAUAGAGUUAUACCCGUAACAAAUAAAGAGGUGCUGGAAAAUAAUUAUGGAGGCGGUAUCCAAUUCUCGAGUGCAUAUAUAUUAGUAUAUAUCCGUGAGUCCGAUAUAGAUAAUGUAUUACCUCCAAUGCUUACUGAGGAUAUACCAAAAAAUUUGCAAAAACGUCUUGACGGGCAAAAAAAUAAAGAAUCAGAAGAACGAAAGAAUUAUUUUUAUGUUAAGAUUGCAACCCCAAAGACCUUUAAUCUCCACCAAGGCUAUGGUGUUGCUGACUUUAACGAUCCGUUAUUUGAAGUUUUACAAUUUAAAGUUUUAAAAAGCGAAAAAUAUGACCAGUUCAAAGAUAAAUUUGCAGUCAAAUUUGAAAUUCCAACCGAACAAAUAAGAUUCUUGAUAUUUACAAAUCGUAAUAUUAGGCCAAUUCCAGAUGAUUAUGUUUAUAAGUCUAUGGAUAGAAUUUACAGAAGGAUGGGUCUGGGACAAAAUGAAAUGAAUUUUUAUUUAGAAAUUUCACACAAGCCUAUUAAAGAUGAGGAAUGGUUCCCACCAACAGUAAGGAAUACCUAUGCAAUGAUUUUCAUCAAAUAUUUUGACCCCAAUACACAAUAUUUAGAAGGGCUUGGUCAUAUAUAUAUUCAAAAAUCAUAUAAAGUUGAUGAUAUCAUUCCAAUUCUAUGUGAGAAAAAAGAUUUUCCACCACAUACACCUUUAAGGGUAUACAAAGAAACAAGAACAAGCGUGACUGAAAUAAUAACUAAUCUACAAGAUGGUGAUAUAAUUUGUUUUCAAAAGGAAUUCACAGAAAUAAAUCGAGUAGGCCGUGCUUGUGAUAUUCCCACAUUCUAUAGUUCAUUAUCCACGCGUAUCAUCGUUCAAUUUAGGCCAAAAUUUAAAGAUGAAAAACAGAAAUCUGAAUUUAAGUUGGCCUUAGACAAGGAUUAUACAUAUGAUGUUGUUGCUAGCCACGUUGCUGCAUAUCUAAAUACAGAUCCUCUGAAAUUACGUUUUACGUCAGCACAUCUAACAUUCGGGACACCUAGAUCUGUGAUCAAAAGGAAAACUAAUGCAACAUUAACAUCGAUGCUUCCAGGAAGAUAUCUAUCUUUACCUACCUCGGCAAACCUUAUAUAUUAUGAGAUGUUAGAUUUUAGCAUUGACGAAUUAGAAAAUAUGAUGUUAUUUAAAGUGUACUGGCUUGGGUCAACUUUAAAGGAAAUUGAAUUGUUUAAUAUUUUUCUUCCAAAGAAAGCUACAAUUGAUGAUUUUUUAGAAGAAAUUAUACGAAAACUAUCAUUACCAGGACCCACCAGUAGUAUUAGAUUGUUUGAAGUUAUGAAUUGCAAGAUUUUAAACGAAUAUAUAGGUACAUUUAACAGUCCAAUAGAUAAAAUACCGGAACACGCAACAUUAUACGCAGAGGAAAUAUCUCAAGAGGAAAUUAAACUAAAUAUCAAUGAUAAAGUUAUUCAAGCAUAUCAUUUUACUAAGAAUCCUUCAUACAUACACGGAAUUCCAUUCAAAUUUGUUAUUAAAGCUGGCGAACCUUUUUCAGAGACCAAGUUGCGGCUUCAAGCACGUUUAGGAAUGAAUGAAAAUGAUUUUGCGGAAGUAAAAUUUGCGAUUGUACAGGAGGUGCCAUAUACAAAACCUAAGUACAUUGUUUAUGAUAAUGUUAUUCUAUCUGAUCGAAAUUGGACACCCGAUACAUAUUUAGGUCUUGAUUAUGUGAGCAAGACAGAGCGUGUAGGAAUAGUGGGUGAUGAUAAUAAAUCAAUAUAUAUAAAGGAAUAA